CACCCAUCCAAAGAGGGUGGUUUGGGUGGGAGAGGCCAGGACAGGGAGGGCAGUCACGCUUUUGCUCAGAAUCCCUGGAAUGUUUAUACCAAGAGGUGGGAGAUUGAGAGGCCCUAUCUCUUCGACAAACUCCUUUGCAGCAGGUUCCCCCUUUAUGUAGAAGAUGCAUCAAGGGGCUGUUAUGCCUUGCCUCCUUGCUUGCUUUUUUCUGCUUGCCCAAGCAUUGACGGUCAAACCAAAAGAAAAGGCAGAUCCUGAAAUGCAGAGAGACAUGACAGCCUUUUUGCAGAUAGUUAAUCAGAACAUUUGGGAAGAAAACAUCAACUUGACCACUUUGUCCUGUGAGGAUAUGAAGACACAGCUGUGGACCACCUUGAGGCUCAAAAAUGAAGGCCUAACUAAUUUCCCUGCCUGUCUACCUGAACAUUUGGAGCAUCUGGAUCUGAGCAUCAAUCUUUUGCCUGAAUUCCACAGCCGGGAUGUGGCUUACCUGCCCAUGUUGCAGGUCCUGUAUCUGAGGCAGAAUGGCAUUCAACAAGUGGUGUGGGAGGCUGGGAGCCUCAGCAACCUCCACUUCCUGGACCUGAGCUUCAACCAGUUGUCCUCGCUGCCAGAAUGUAAUUCCUUCACUAUGGAAAAUCUCAAAUGGCUCUCUCUGGCUGGGAACCCUAUUGCAGAAAUCAAACCCUUUGCUUUCUCCUGCUAUCCUCAGUUGAAUUUCGUAAACCUGUCUUCCACUUGGCUGGGAAAGGAUGGCCAACAAGGAAUCGGAGAAUCUGCCUUUGCAAUCCGCUUAUUGCAUGUUGGAGACUCCAACAGUAAAGCUGAAAGUGCUAUCAAUGUGCUGGACCUCAGCAUGACGUUUUUGGAGAGAAUUCAGGAGGACUGGAUCAAAGAUCUACCUAGACUCUCUUCCCUCUAUCUAACAAAUAUGAGGAGGCUGAGAAGCCUUGAGGCCACUAUUUUCCAACACGUGCUGCAUCUGAAAGAACUGGACUGUCAAAACUCUCCUGCACUAAGUUUGGUGGAAACAGAAUCUUUUAGACAUACACCUCACCUGGCUUUCCUCCUGCUCCAAAAUUGUAACUUGAGUUCUUUGCAUGAGUGGGACCUUAGCUCAUCAAGCAACCUUGUGAUUAACCUCUAUGGAAACCCUUUGACCUGCCAUUGUGAGAUUUCCUGGCUAAUUGCCAGGCGAGACAAAAUAGUUCUGCAGAGGGAAUCGGAAACUGUGUGCUACACAGCAGCAGAAACCAAAUCAGCAUCCUUAUCUGAAUCUAAACCGCUGGCUAACUUGUAUGAGGACUGUCAAGAGAAAGAGACUGCCCAUUCUACUCCACUGUCUACUCAAGGCAACACUUACAGCACAUCUCUCACCAUCACCUUAGACACAUUGCAAGAUACCAGUGCAUUGCCCCAUGAAUGGCACAGCCUUUCUUUUGCCCCAGAGAGCACUCCUGUGAGCCGUGGGGACACAUCUCAUGUGACUUUGGAAGAUACAGCAAAGCAGGGUUCAACAAAGACAGACGUUCUUGCCUACAAAGAGGAAAUUAUCCAUGGAUCUACAGACAUGUCACUCAUCGUAACAGCUCCUGCCACAACUUCAUCAGCAAAACUGGGACAACACACCACUGAGCAAAGCUUAGUAGACACAGUUGAGAUAGGUAAAAGGAAACAGGAUGCCACAAUGGUUAAUUCUAUUGUCCAGUUGGAAGGAACACAGCGCCACAUUGUUCUUCAGAGUCCAACAACAGAACCCACAGAACAGGAAGGUUUAUUUUCUCCUUAUAGUACAGCACCCUCAGAUCAAACCAUGCCACCAUGGCAAAUUCCCACCAAGACAAGCGCCCAGCCAAAUCUUGCCAUUAUUGACAAUACAAAUUAUUAUGCGGAUGACUAUGAUUAUGAAAAAGAAAGGAAAGAAUAUGUGACAAAUACACUUGGGCCUUGUGACUAUGAUCCUUGCAGGCACCUCCAGAAACCUUGCAUUGAACUCCAAGAAUUGUCUCCUUGCCUGUGCCCAGGCAUAUCUGAUGAAUUCACCAUCCCAGAUCCACCAAGGCUCUGGGACGUAACCGAAAUCAGGGACACCUCUGUGGAGAUCCACUGGUGUGCUCCAUAUUCAUCAGUAAGAUUCUACCAGCUCGCCUAUCGUCUUCAAGGCAGUACGAAGAAUCACACCAUUUCUGGAGAGAUUUAUACAACAGCCAGGCAGUAUACCCUUUAUAACCUCCUGCCGGCCUCAACCUAUCGGGUAUGUAUCAUUGCUUCGAACAAAGCCGGCCCAAGUACAACAACAGACGGAAAUGGUCAGAGUGCUCCUUGCGGUACCUUUUCGACCAAGUCCAGCUACAAAUCUGUCUUUGCUGCCUUGGGUGUAACAAGCGGAGUCUUUCUCCUUGCCACCAUAAUGUUGUCUGUGUGUCUCUAUAGGAAAUGGAGAGCUCCCCGCCUUGAGCAAUAUAACAUGAAUUUAGUCUCAUAUAAAAAUCCUGCUUUUGAUUACUCCUUAAAAUAAGAAAGACAGAGAGGAUGUUAUGAACUUGUCACAAAGAGAUAGUCUUCUCACUGUUCUCAUCCUCC